AUGGCUGACUUACCAACCCUUCGACGAAGAAGAGGAGUAACAAAAUCGUCCAUAACUAAGCUUGGAAACAAGACCAAUGAUUUGGAGGCAGCAGAACACGAUCAUAUUGUUGUGAGCCAUGCUGCACAACUUUUGAAAAGGCUAGAGACCUACGAUGCUGACUACAGAAGUCAUCACAUGGCCAUUAUCGAUGCCUUGGAAAGUGACGAAGCUACAGUACCUGAACAAGAAGAACUGGACCGUCACAAUGAAGAUGUAACUGACUUGACUAUUAGGCUACAAGUGCUGUCAGCGGCACCAAUCUCGACUGUCACUGAUGGACGUACUUUCGCUCUACGCCAGUUGGCACAACUGCAGGCAAAACUCACUGCCAUAGGAGACCAUAUCUCUACACUCGCUGCCGACCCAAAUGACGUACCGUUGGUGCACCUCUACCAAGAACAACUCAUGGAAUUCAAGCGAGAACUAUUUGACAUUCGCAACAACGUGAUAUCGAUCACCGUGGACGACUCUGACCCCCUAAAUGAUACUAUCAAGAGGCAGGAGAAAUUGAUAUUCGACAUGUCUGUCACCGUGAAGAGGCUUCUCUACAGCCCUAGUACAGAAGCUCUCGUCCCUACCACACCAGAAACUCCGACUCGUGGAGUCAAUCUUCCCAAAAUUGAAAUAGCUACAUUCAAUGGUGACCUGCUCAGUUGGCAAACAUUCUGGGAACAGUUUGAUGUGUCCAUACACAGCCGCAGGGACGUUAGCAAUGCUGAGAAACUGGCCUAUCUUUGCCAUUCCCUGAAGGAUGGAUCUGCAAAAGCAGUCAUAGAAGGAUUGUCGCAAUCGGAUGAUCAGUACUUGGAAGCAAUUGCAUUGCUCAAGGCGAGAUACGACCGACCAAGGCUAAUUCAUCAAACCCACGUCCAGAAGAUAUGUGAAGCCCCAAGUCUUAAAGAUGGUUCUGGCAAAGAAUUGAGACGUCUUCACGAUACCGUUCAACAACACCUGCGUGCCCUCAAGGCGAUGGACCAAGAUCCCUCUGGAGCCUUCAUCACAUCCAUGAUGGAACUAAAGCUCGAUCAAACUACCAUGUUUGAAUGGCAAAAGACUAGCCAAGCCACAAAAAGCGUACCUCAUUACCAGGCUAUAUUGGAAUUUCUCAACCUCCGUGCCCAAGCUGCAGAGACCUGCUCUACCCAAGAAAGAAAACAUGUUCGAAAUGACUCAAGAAAACCACCCAGAUUGAUUCCAUCUCAUAUCGGACAUGUGUCUGAGGUGAAUGCUACUGUUUGCGUCGUGUGCAAGACUGAGAAACAUCCUCUAUACACUUGCCCCAAGUUCAAGAACCUACCCCAUGACAAAAUGCUGCUAACUAUCCGUUCCAACAACUUAUGCCUGAACUGCUUUAGAACAGGACACAUGGCGAGAAACUGCACAAGUAUUCAUCGGUGUAAAAGGUGUCAAAAAACUCAUCAUACUUUGUUGCACACUGAUGCUAAACCUCCUGAUGCUAAACCUCCUGACUCACAGUUAACCACCAAGGACCCUCCAACGAUCGAGCAAUCUCUCACAGCCAGCGUUGUAUCUACUAAUGUUGGACAGGUUGGAUCGGGCUCACAUACGCUUUUAAUGACCUGCCAAGUGUUAAUCCAUGCUCCCAAUGGUUCUCAGAUCAGAGCACUUGGUCUACUGGACACUGGUUCGUCAACCUCGUUUGUGUCGCAACGAUUGGUGCAAUCUCUCAACUUACAAAGAUCAUCGAAGAAUCUUGAGAUCACUGGAAUAGCGGGAAUAUCUCACAACUCCCCACUGCACUCAGUCUCCACUUUCUAUAUCUCACCGACCGAUUCACCAAAUGAAAAGAUGCCAGUCACUGCGAUAGUGGUCCCAAGGGUCACCUGUGACUUACCAGUGCAACCCACUCCAUUUGAUUCGAAAUGGGAGCACCUAUCCGAUUUGAACCUCUCUGACCCAGACUUUGGCCAACCUGGAAGAAUUGACAUACUUCUUGGAGUUGAUAUUUACACUGAGGUGUUACUGCAGGGCCGGCGGAAGGGACCAACUGGAUCAAUAUCCCCUGUGGCAUUUGAAACGGCAUUCGGCUGGGUACUUGCUGGAAAGACAGGAAAACUCUCCACCACUCCUGACAAGAUCACUAAUUACCAUGUAUCUGUUACCUCUGGCGAUGACAUCCUGAGAAAGUUCUGGGAAAUAGAAGAAAGCACCAAAACUGGAUCAAACUUCUCCCCACAAGAACGCACUGUUGUUCACCAUUUUGAAAGAAACCACUCUCGUAGAGAAACUGGUCGAUUUAUUGUCCCACUUCCCAAGGAUCCACAUGCCAAAUCGAUUGGAGAAUCCAGAGCACAAGCCGUCCGCAGAUUUCUAUCCCUAGAAAGGACCUUACGCUCCAAGGAACAAUUCUCACAAUUUGCUGCUGUCAUGGAAGAAUAUAUGGACCUGAAUCAUGCUGAAAUUGUUCCAGUUGCUGAUUUACAGAAACAAAAUGAAGAUGUGUUUUAUUUGCCAAUGCAUGCUGUUCACAAGGAGCACAGUACGACUACGAAGAUCAGGGCUGUAUUUGACGCGUCAGCCAAGUCUACCAUCGGCGUCUCACUGAACGACACACUGUUGGUCGGACCCACCGUACACCCUCCACUGAUAGAUGUUCUAUUACAAUUUCGACUACACAAGAUUGCGAUCACAGCUGACGUGAGCAAGAUGUACAGGGCUGUUGAACUGACUCAACCCGAUCGGGAUCUCCACAGAUUUGUGUGGUGCAGCAAGCCCGACAACACUCUAGUCGAUUACAGAAUGACUAGAAUUACAUUUGGUGUCUCUGCUUCUGCUUUUGCAGCAAACAUGUCAGUCAAACAAAAUGCUAUUGAUCAUGCUACUGAGUUUCCACAAGCUGCAAACGGAGAAUUCUUACUCAGGAAAUGGAAUUCUAACAACACCACUGUGUUACAAAACAUAUCUCCCGAGCUCAGAGACAGUCAACCACUACAACUGCUACCCACCAAUGAUGAAUACACCAAGACUCUAGGGAUUGAGUGGAGCGCAAAGAAGGAUCAUUUUCGACUCACUGUUGCCAAACCACCUCCACUUGAAACACUGACCAAACGAGCCCUAGUAUCAGACAUCGCCAAGACAUUUGAUGUGCUUGGGUGGUUCUCACCUGCCACCAUCAAGGUGAAGAUUCUGCUGCAGAAGGUAUGGGAGGAGAGAAUAGAUUGGGACAAUCCAGUUCCAAUGCAUAUCAAAGAUAUCUGGUCGAAAUGGCGGACCGAAUUGCCCGAACUAUCUCACAAGCUCAUUCCCCGUUGCCACUUCGACACAGACACAGAAAUUGUAUCCACCCAGCUCCAUGGUUUUUCAGAUGCUGUAUCUUCGUCUCACAGAUACUUCUGGUCUCCAUCAAAUCUCUCUGGUAAUGUCCAAGACAAAGGUAGCGCCGAUCAAGCGUCUCUCAAUUCCAAGGCUCGAACUUUACAGCGGCUGGACGGCAGUCCUAAGCGUUUUAAGAAUUAUGUGGGCAACAGGAUCUCAGCCAUCCUUGAUUUGAUGCCACCAGACAAAUGUAAACACGUUAAUGGACUCCAGAAUCCUGCUGACUGUGCAUCCAGGGGCCUCUACCCCUCUGAAUUGCUAGAUCACCCUCUCUGGUGGAGCGGUCCUGACUGGCUCAAGCAAGACCAAACCAAUUGGCCAACACAAGUCGAACUUACUCCCAACAACCAUGAUGAUGAACGAACAGAGAUUUCAUUAGUGGUCAUACAAACAUUCCCCCAACCUGUGAUUCCAGUCAAUCGGUUUUCAAAACUCAACCAACUCAAGCGUGUCACCUGUUGGAUCAUUCGCUUUAUCAAAAAUAGCAGAUUCAAGGAUCAUUCCAAGAGAAUUCUUACACCUCUGACCAUGUCAGAGCUCCAAGAAGCAGAAAACUAG